AUGAAGAUGUCAUUAGUUGGAAACAUUAAAAGGGGACCUGUGUCUGUUUUCCAGGGAACCCGAGAGGAAGGAUACACAGAUCCUGCUAUGGCGGCUCAGGAUGCAAUGGUCCUAUGGGAAGCCUGUCAGCAAAAGACAGGGGAACACAAGACCAUGCUGCAGAUGAUCCUAUGUAACAAGAGCUACCAACAGCUGUGGCUGGUUUUCCAGGAAUUUCAAAGUAUUUCUGGUCAAGACAUUGUAGAUGCCAUAAAUGAAUGUUAUGAUGGAUACUUUCAAGAGCUUCUAGUUGCAAUUGUUCUCUGUGUUCGAGAUAAACCAGGUUUCUUUGCUUAUAGACUACAUAGUGCAAUACAUGACUUUGGUUUUCAUAAUAAAACAGUAAUCAGGAUACUGAUUGCCAGAAGUGAAAUAGAUCUGAUGAAUAUAAGAAAGCGAUACAAAGAGAGAUAUGGAAAAUCCCUAUUUCAUGAUAUCAAGAAUUUUGCUUCAGGACAUUAUGAGAAAGCUCUGCUUGCCAUCUGUGCUGGGGAUGCUGAUGACUACUAA